AUGCAAAUAAACGACAAGGACGACAGCAUCACCAAGAUCAGAAAUAGAAUUGGAGACAUGAAAGUGCUUGUAGUUCUCGACGAUGUUGAUCAUAAAGACCAGCUCGAUGCGCUGGUCGGCAGCCAGUCAGGUUGGUUCAGUGGCGAAAGCAUAACCAUUGUCACUUGUAGAGAUGAAAGCAUCUCCAAGGGACGACAGAAGGUCAUCUAUAUGGUUCUGGAAUUGGAUCCUGCCCAAUCGCUUAAACUUUUCAGUCAGCAUGCGUUUAAGCAACCCGAGCCAAAAUCAGAUUGGAGAGGUGAAUUGUCGAAGAAAGUUGUGUCAAUUUCUGGUGGGAUACCUCUGUGCCUCCAUAUAUUUGGGAGCCUCUUCUCUGACAAUAAAUCCAUUGAAGGAUGGGAGUCGAAGCUGGAGCAAUUAAAACGGGAUCAAAAUGAAGAAGUCCAUGUUAGGUUAAAAAUAAGCUAUGACAGCCUUGAUACUAAAAAACAGCGGAUAUUCUUGGACAUAGCAUGUUUUCUUAUUGGUUGGGAGGAUUGGGAGCAAGCUUACCCAGGGGAGUUGGAGAGAUGGGAAGUGAGGAAAGAAAAGAAACAAUACGCAAUGCUCAUGUGGGAAGGUUCCAGACUUUACCCAACUGAUGCAAUUGAAGAGUUGCAGUGUAAAUUUCUAAUCAGCAUAAAUGAUGAGCAUGGCACCUUUGAAAUGCAUGAUCAAAUACUAGACAUGGGAAGAAAUAUUGUCAAGCAGGAGCCGGUGGCAACCAGGUUUUGGAAAAAUAACGAAACAUCGCAAAUGCUUCAACGAACAAAGGGAACAGAGAAGGUUGAAGCCAUAACUUUCCACCGUCACGACGGGCAGCAUAAUAUUCCACCUUUGAACAAGAUAUCUUUUAGAAACAUGGAUGAGCUGAUAAUACUUGAUACAAGCUGCGUCAGGAUGGAGGGCUCGUAUCAGGAUCUACCCAAAUCAUUGAAGUUCCUAAGGUGGUGGCAGUGUCCAUUGAAAUCAUUGCCGAUCAUCGACUUCGAUGUUAUGAACAUUGUAGUGGUCGACCUGACAGAGAGCAUCAUAGAGGAGUUUCUAGGUCCAAGUGUGACUAACACGUGGUUUUUUCGUUACCUCCACCCCCAAGAGGUGAACUACUCGCGGACGUUCAGCCAAUUGAAAGUGCUUAUUCUCAAGAAUUGCCAGAACCUCAAGAGCUCCCCUGAUUUUAGGCUGAUUCCAAACGCAACCAAAUUGGUAUUUGAAGGGUGCACCAACUUGGGUCGAGUCCACGAAUCGAUCGGCGAUCUCCAAAGGUUGGCGCGCUUGAACUUGGGAAACUGUCGUUCUCUAAAUAAAACACCUGAUAGCAUCUGUCGCCUAAGUUCUUUGGAGAAGCUCGUCCUGAGAGGGUGUUGGUCACUACAGGAACUACCAGAAGAGAUUGGCAGGUUGACGUCUUUAAAGGUGCUCCAAUUAGGCCCAGGGGAUAUGCAAAGACUUCCGGAGUUUGUUGGCCUGUUGACAAACCUGCAGGAGUUGGAAGCCAUCCUUUGCGAUUUGAAGACAAUCCCAGACAUUUCAAAUUUGCAAGCCCUGCGACGUUUAAGUCUGAGCGGAUGCUUCCAGCUGAUGGAUGUUCCUGGCCUUAGCAAACUGAGACGCCUAUAG